AACACAGCGUCUAGUCUGCCGGAAAAUCACACAAAGACGUGACCAAGAAGAAUUUCCAAGUUAGCGUAUUUAUUGUUGUUAUUGAAACCUUUAUUAACACUCUUGAACUCAAAAUAGGACUAAUUUAACUGCACAGCGUCACAUAUUUACCCCAUGUAGUGUUUAAUUCGCGUUGGAGACAGGACUUGGUUGAUACAUGUUAUCUAGGUAACGCUAGCUGCUAACGUUAGCUAACAAUGGCUAACUGUAUUGUUUUUCACACUCAAAUAGCCUCCAUCAUGGAGGUGUUAGCGAAUGCAGCUGUGGCAGAGAUUUGUAAACUCGUAGACGACGACUAUGCAGUGUUUCGUUUGGAAAUAACUCAAAGCCAGAAAGAAAACAGGGCAUUGCGGAGGAAACUACUGGAACUGAAGGUGGCACGGGAACGCGCAGAGAGGACAAUGCGAGAGCGCGUCCUCGCCAGUCGUCCCAGUAGUGUCAGAUACAGAGCACUGGCAAGAGGUGAAGGCCACAGGAGUUUUGUGAAGCCAGCGGGACACAAUACUUGGAGAAAUGACCAACCAAUCACUGUUGAUGAGGGGAGUGGAACCUCAACCCGGCACUGUAUUGUGAUAGAGUCUGCAGAGGCUUCAGUUCCAGGGAUCAAGCAGGAGAGGUCUGAAGGAGAGGAGGACCCACGGCACAGCAAAAACAUCCAGACUGGAGCGGCUGGAGUGCCCCCUAUAGCCACGGAGAACCCCACCACCACCCCAGCGCAGCCCAGGUCCCAUCACAGCAUCACGGAGGAGGAGGAGGGUCCAGAGGUGCUGCUGGUGAAGGAGGAGGGGUGUGAGGAGGGUCUGGGGAACUCUGAGGGGACCAUGAUCAUGGAGGACAACCAGACUACACCACCUCCUGAACCCACAGAGGAACCAGCUGAGCAGCACAGGACAAAACACAGUCUCACUGAGUCAGUAGAUAUGGAGGAUGGGAAGAAUGAUCUGCUGCUGGUCAAAGAGGAGACAAUAGAAGAUGAACCAGAGAGCAUUGAUCUGCUGAGUGGAUUAAAGAUGGGGGAGCAAGGUGGUUGGCUGGAGACUGAUAGUGGAGACUGGGCGGCCAUCUUGGAUUACCAGACGGGUGCAGCCAAGGGCCCAGGGGACGACAUCACAGAGCAGGCCAGGACCAAAGGCGACAUAGUGGAGUCUGCAGUCCAUGAGGACCUGCUGAUAUCCGGUGUUGCUGGCUGGAAAUACUGGACCUCUGAGGUGGCUGGUCACAAACCCUGGCCCCGGAUCAGAACCAUGGAUCAGGAGGCAUCGCUCUUCCUUCCAGAGUCGGAACAAGGACUGAACCACGAGGGACGGAGACUCCACCACCACACAGAACACAACCAGUGGACAGGUGGACUGAACAACCCCAGUCCUGGUGGUCAUCAGAGAGACAGAUGCUCCAGUCAGGGAUCUAGUCUGCAGCCCAGACCCUUCUCUUCACAGUCUCAGUGCAGGGAUGGAGCAGGUCCUGGGGCUGAUAGAGAUCGACCCUCCUGUUCCUAUGAUACAAACACCACAGUAUCCAUGAUAAACAGAGCAGGUCACCCUGGGCUUCAGCCUUCACAGAGAGGGGUGGGAGACCCCCCUGGCGGUAGUCUAUCAGGAAGUCUGUCUUCUUCAGGGUCUCGUCUAAUGCCUGGUGACUGGGUUCAUAGAAGACCUGGGUCUAGCCUUCCUCAGUUACCUCAUGGUUACCCCACCAAUACAGACAGGGUCAGGAUGGGUGUUCACCACAAGAAGUACCUAACCUAUAACACAGCACACAAUCCCAACAACACCCAAACAAUGGCUAGAGGUCAAGGAGGGAGCUCAAAGACUAACCACCUGAAGGUGUUGGCUCCUGCUUCUACCACCUCUGGUGUCAUUGGGUCACAACGUAAGAGGCCAAGCAAUAGGACGGACGCCGACAAGCUGUUCUCCUGCUCCACGUGUGGGAAGCGAUUUGCUGAGGCGAGCUAUGUGAAGGAGCACCAGACCGUUCACACCAAGGAGAGGCCCUUCAAGUGCAAACUAUGUUACAAGAGCUUCUCCUUCCGGAGUAGCCUUAUCAGACAUAGGAGUGUCCACAAAGGGGAUAAAUCGUAGCAGUGUGGCUUGAGAUGUACACUGGGGAUAUCUGUGAACUCUCCCCCUUGAUGUGAAUAAACCAUGGCUUUGCCUGAGAGUUCCAUCCCCAGGAGUUUCCAGCCAUGCAGACAGCGCUCUGAUCCGGUGCUGAUCUGGCCUUAAUGAAGGCUUAGCAUCCAGAGCUACCUUUGAACUGUCACCUGGAAUAAAGGGGGGAGUCUCACAGCCGUCAGCCCCACACUGACUUUAACAUUCACUACGUACUACAGCCUACAAUUCCCACCCGAACCAUUCUUUAGCUGACAUACUAUAGUUAUCAUGUGAAGUGUCCUGGAGUAGGAGCAGUGGUGUUCUGGAGGGUGUACGCAGGUGGCCGUAUACCCACUUAUUUUUUAGUGGGCAAUGAGUAUAAUCGCAUCUUAAUCCCCACGAAGUCUAUCAAAGUAGUGCAGUGGAGGUAUAGACUGUGUCAAAAAAGCUGAUGGAGCAGAUCUAGAAUGUUUAUCUUACAAUGUUGAUUAUUUAUUCACAUUUUCGCAAUGUGCACACGGUGGUAGGAUCCAAAAUGCAAUUUGUGGGGAAAAAACUUGGCUACUUCAAAAUGUUGUACAUAUUCCCCCCAUUUUAGGGGCCAAAAAUUAUUGGGACAAAUUCACUUAUGUAUAUUAAAGUGAUCAAAAAUGUUGUAUUUGGUCCCAUAUUCCUUGCAAGCAAUGAUUACACCAAGCUUGUGACUACAAAUUUGUUGGAUGCAUUUUCUGUUUGUUUUGGUUAUUUCAGAUGAUUUUAUGCCCAAUAGAAAUAAAUGGUGAAUAAUG